AGCAGCAGCCGAGGCGCGGGCGAAGGCGAGUGGGAGUGUGGCAAGCCACUGUGUCACCCAAUUUGGAUCCUGACUUUCCUCAAAGACUCUUAGGGCUUUUGCUUGAUAACCCUUGAUGUAGAGCCAGCACCACAUGUAAAUAAGAUAUAUAGAUAUUCCCGGAGCUUUCAAAUAAUGUGACCUUUGGGAUGCAGCAAUGUCAACUCUCUGUCCACCGCCAUCUCCUGCCGUUGCCAAGACAGAGAUCGCUUUAACUGGUGAAUCCCCUUUAUUAGCCGCUACCUUUGCUUACUGGGACAAUAUUCUUGGCCCGAGAGUAAGGCACAUUUGGGCUCCAAAGACAGAACAGGUACUUCUCAGCGACGGAGAAAUCACUUUUCUUGCCAACCAUACCCUCAAUGGAGAAAUCCUUCGCAAUGCUGAAAGUGGAGCCAUAGACGUGAAGUUUUUCGUCUUGUCUGAAAAGGGAGUGAUUAUUGUUUCAUUAAUCUUCGAUGGAAACUGGAACGGGGAUCGGAGCACAUAUGGACUAUCAAUCAUACUUCCCCAGACGGAGCUGAGCUUCUACCUCCCACUUCACAGGGUGUGUGUGGAUAGAUUAACACACAUUAUCCGGAAAGGAAGGAUAUGGAUGCACAAGGAAAGGCAAGAAAAUGUCCAGAAGAUAGUCUUAGAAGGCACAGAGAGAAUGGAAGAUCAGGGUCAAAGUAUUAUUCCAAUGCUUACUGGAGAAGUAAUUCCUGUAAUGGAAUUGCUUUCAUCUAUGAAAUCACACAGUGUUCCUGAAGAAAUAGAUAUAGCUGAUACAGUGCUCAAUGAUGAUGAUAUCGGUGACAGUUGUCAUGAGGGCUUUCUUCUCAAUGCUAUCAGCUCACACUUGCAAACCUGUGGCUGUUCUGUUGUAGUAGGCAGCAGUGCAGAGAAAGUAAAUAAGAUAGUAAGAACAUUAUGCCUUUUUCUGACUCCAGCAGAGAGAAAAUGCUCCAGAUUAUGUGAAGCAGAAUCAUCCUUUAAGUAUGAGUCAGGGCUCUUUGUACAAGGUCUACUAAAGGAUUCAACUGGAAGCUUUGUGCUUCCCUUCCGGCAAGUCAUGUACGCGCCCUACCCCACCACACACAUAGAUGUGGACAUCAACACUGUCAAGCAGAUGCCACCCUGUCACGAACAUAUUUAUAAUCAGCGUAGGUACAUGAGAUCAGAGCUGGCAGCGUUCUGGAGAGCCACUUCAGAAGAGGACAUGGCUCAGGACACCGUCAUCUACACAGACGAGAGCUUCACUCCUGAUUUGAAUAUUUUUCAAGAUGUCUUACACCGAGACACUCUCGUAAAAGCCUUCCUGGAUCAGGUCUUUCAUUUGAAACCUGGUUUCUCUCUCAGGAGUACUUUCCUUGCACAGUUUCUGCUUGUCCUUCACAGAAAAGCCUUGACGCUAAUAAAAUACAUAGAAGAUGAUACGCAGAAGGGGAAAAAGCCUUUUAAAUCGCUUCGGAACCUGAAGGUAGACCUUGACCUAACAGCAGAGGGCGAUCUUAACAUAAUAAUGGCUCUAGCUGAGAAAAUUAAGCCAGGCCUCCAUUCCUUUAUCUUUGGAAGACCUUUCUAUACUAGUGUGCAAGAACGAGAUGUCCUAAUGACUUUCUAAAUGUGUAACUUGUUAAGGAUAUUUCGUCACAGUCAUAAUUGCUGCUAAAGUAGCUCAGUGGUGUUAGGAAAUGUAACUCCCCGGGGUCCUGCCCUGGAGUCCUGCUGGGCAGUGGCAGAUAAGUGACACUACACUUGUCACCAUGAGUCUGUAUGGGAGUGUCCGGGGCAUUGUUACGAUAAAAGCACCUUUUCCUUAGAUGUGGUCUCCUGGGAGACAGACUUAUGUUUACAAUUCUAAUAAAUAUUAUUGCUGUCUUUUCAAGAUCAUAGGAUGUACACUUGACCACAGGUACUUUUUUUUUUUUUUGAAACUUAUGAUUCACAGUUUACAUAUAUCAAUGUGAAAUCUGAGUUAGUUUUCACCAAUGUAAUGCUAGUUGGCUCUCCAUCUCUGGAUGGUCCUUAGUAUGUGGGGUUACUGUAGUAUUUUUAACAAUUAGCUGGAAAGUAGGGCAUUUAAAUCAUUUCAGUUCCACACAAGGAAGUUGAAUUCAGGUUAAGUUUUAGAAAGAAAAUAUUGAUCGAGGAGAUGUUUUCUUGAAAUUAAUAAUUAGUUUUGGUCCUUAGGAUGCAAUCCAUAUAGAAAUGUCAGGCAGUACAUAUAGUCCCAGUUAUAGGGAACCACAAUCAGAGUGUUUUUUUCCUGUGUUUGUUUGUUGAGCUCUGUCAAAGAAAAUACAGAGAAUUGGAUUUUAUGUUUCAGUAGUUAUUGCCAACUUUUUCAAUUCAUUUUCAUUAUUUUUGAGCCAAAUUGAAAAAUGUACCUCCUGUGCCUUUUUUUUUCCCCCUUGGAAAAUAUGAUUACUUGGAAGAAGUUCAAAUUCCAUAAGUCACUCACUUUUAUAUUGUUCUCCUCAUCUAUCGUCUGCUCUUAUUUAGCAGUCAUAACUCCGAGGUUAUUAAAUGCAGUAGAGAAAUACUAACUGGUAAGAUUUUUUUUUUUUUCAGGAGGAAGAAUAGUAUCUUCUUCCUUAAAUUUCUGCCCAUUAUUUUUGAAGUUGUUGCCAUGUUUCUUUGCCUGCAUCAUGUGAGGACUAACUAGCAGGAGAGAGACUUUACUGACGUGCUGUCUUCCUAGGUGCUACUUUGGCAGAACUAAGUGGUCAGUUUCUUUUGUUUCCUUACUGUGUCUGGACCAUUUGGCUAGCCGUAAAAUAACCAAUUAAACAAAAUUCCGCACUGGAACAGUGUUGACAUAAUAGUAUACACACACAUUAAAAAAAUAUUUUAAUUUAAACUUGAGGAAGUAACAUAAAAGGGAAAAAUACAAGGGAUAAAAGCGAUAGAGUCCCGUAGCCCUCGUCCCCAAACUUUAACUAAAACCAACAUAGGUCCUAAUAGCCUUUAACAUCACUAAUAAGCAAGGUGUAGACACCUCGAUUUUUAAACACAUACACACCUAGAAGACAAAUGCUCUGUGGAUGAAUCGUGGAAAAUGUACAGAUACCAUCUUGUUGAACCUUUCAUUCAGUGCUAUUUACAUGAUAGACUAUUUAAGUGCUAAUUAUUUUCUUUUGCUGAUUUAUGGUACUGUGACAUAGGAUGCAAGUUGUACAGUGAAAUAAGUUAUUAAAGCAUGUGUACACAUUGCUAUAAGUCUUUUCUCCUAGAUGGAGAGUUUUGAAUAAAAUAUCUUUGAUAUUUUGA